UAGAUUUACUGACUCAAAUUUUGGAUCUCAUUGUCAUGACAAAGUGAUUAUUGAGUGCUCGCUAACCACCUAAUCCUAAAUCUGGGGGGUAUUAGGUGGUUGGGGUCAGUAUUUAAACAGCAGCACUAGCGAGUCUGUGCUCAGUCAGGACUUGAGAUACGUUCCUCAGUCAAGCUUAACUCCAGGAUCCAUAAUGGGGAAGAUUAUUUUCUACGAGAAUAAAAACUUCCAGGGCCGCCGUUAUGAGUGCGACAGUGACUGCUCAGACUUCCACGUCUAUCUGGGCUGCUGUAACUCCAUACAGGUGGAGAGUGGCAUCUGGGUGGUCUAUGAGCGCCCCAAUUUUACAGGCUACCAGUAUGUAGUAAAACGUGGUGAAUAUCCCGAAUUCGUUCGCUGGAUGGGUCUCAAUGAUCGACUCAGCUCAUGCAAGAUGAUCAACCUUCCAGCUGGGACACAGUACAAGGUGAAGGUCUUUGGCAAGGCAGACUUUGCAGGUCAGUCAUUUGAGGCCACCGAUGACUGCCCCUCCAUUCUGGAGCGCUACAACUUGAGAGAGGUGCACUCCUGUAAGGUCCUGAAUGGCUACUGGGUGUUCUAUGAGUACCCCAAUUACUAUGGCAGGCAGUAUGUCCUGGAAAAGGGUGAAUAUCGCAAGCCUGUUGACUGGGGUGCAGUCUGUCCUACCGUGCAGUCCUUAUGCCGCCUGACUGAAUAA